CAACAGCGCACAUUACGCGCCAGCGUCCCAUCUUUUCAGAGGGUGGCAUGGGUUUAAAAAAGCAAAACAUAGGGUUUUUUUGUAGUUUGCUAAAGUAAUAAAAUAGGUCAAGCGAUUUAAUAAGCAAGAGCUGCCUGUUUUCUUUCCAUCAUAUCUACACUAAUCGACAACUGACGUUACUGGUAAUUUGCAGGAUUUGAACGUUUGUUAGCAUGAUACACCUAACGUUAGACGUGUAAACACAUCUGCUCGCAUAAAAGAUUGAUUUGUGAGAAUUAGUUAAGUAGAUUUGUCGGUAGUCUAAGUUUAAAAAAAGAAGGGAUGCCAGUGCAUUCGAGAGAAAAGAAGGAGAGCAACCAUGAAGAGAUGGAGGUGGAUUUCCCAGAGCAAGAGGGGAGCAGCUCAGAAGAUGAGGAUACUGAGAGCUCGUCUGUCUCUGAAGAUGGGGAAAGUUCAGAAAUGGACGAUGAGGACUGUGAAAGAAGAAGGAUGGAAUGCAUUGACGAAAUGACUAAUCUAGAAAAACAGUUCACUGACCUCAAAGACCAGUUAUAUAAAGAGAGACUGAAUCAAGUUGAUGCCAAACUUCAGGAAGUGAUGUCAGGAAAGGCACCAGAGUACCUGGAACCCCUUGCAAAUCUUCAGGAGAACAUGCAGAUUAGAACUAAAGUUGCUGGUAUCUACAGAGAAUUGUGCUUGGAAUCCGUGAAGAAUAAAUACAACUGUGAAACCCAAGCAGCGUUCCAGCACUGGGAGAGUGAAAAACUGUUAUUAUUUGAUACGGUGCAAAGUGAAUUAGAAGAGAAGAUCAGACGUUUAGAGGAAGACCGGCACAGUAUAGAUAUUACCUCAGAGCUCUGGAACGAUGAGUUACAAUCAAGAAAAAAUAAGAAGAAAGAUCCCUUCAGUCCAGAGAAAAAGAAAAAGCCUGUCGUUGUGUCCGGGCCAUAUAUAGUUUACAUGCUGCAAGACCUGGAUAUACUGGAAGACUGGACUGCUAUUAGAAAGGCCAUGGCAACAUUAGGACCUCACAGAGUAAAGACUGAUGUCUCUUCAAAGAGUGAAAAACACCAGCACAAUGCCCGUUCGGAGGAUGGACGCUUGUUUUACGACGGAGAAUGGUACAGUCGUGGACAAGCCAUAUGUAUUGACAAGAAAGACGAGUAUCCUACGAGCGCUGUAAUAACUACAAUCAAUCACGAUGAAGUCUGGUUCAAACGAGUCGAUGGGAGCAAGUCAAAACUCUACAUCUCACAGCUUCAGAAAGGCAAAUACACCAUAAAACAUGCCUCAUCUACCUGAGGUCUGACCAGUCGGAUAUGUUUAAUAGUGUCAUUUUCUGUACAGUAUAUCAUGAUUUAAAUACCUUUUUUGAUGUUUAAAAACAGACAUGUUUGUGAAUAUGUGUAAUGUGAGGAAAGUUGAUGUUGUUUUAUUGUAUAUAUUCAAUGCAACGCCAUCUGAAAGAUUAUUACACCAAACAGGUAAAAAAAAAGUAAUAUGAUUACUGGUGUAGUUAUUACCAUGAAAUGUGGGACUUUUGUAUUUUGUUGAAAAUACUGAAAUUUUCCAUUUCAGUUCUGAUGUGUAGUUAUUUGUAAUGCCAUAUCUGGCUAGCAAAUGGUUUCCUACAUGUUUUUUUACAUUUCUGCCUCAUCACUGUGUUCAGAAACUAAUGAUAUGGAACAGUUUGUGUUUGCCAUUUUUGGUGGCUUAUAUUGAAAGGGUCUUGCUUGUGCAACAUCUUAUAUAAAAUACAGAUAUUUGAAGUAUUUUAGGAGUGAAUAAACAAGACGUUAUCACACUUUUUCCGAGUCUCAGCUCUUUGAACAGCUGUUUACUGUUCAUUGUGUUCUAGGAAGAUGUGAUCUUGCUGCUCUAUUUACAGUCUAAAGAGUCAUUUAUAUAUGGAGAAUUGGAUUGUAAUGUGCAUUUCAGCUCUGGUCAUUAGUUCAGUGUUCUUUUCUAUGUUGGGUUAUAGCACCACCCUUUGGUUUUUGUUGUACUGUGCCUGUUGUUUUUUAUUUCUUGAUUUUCCUGAUUCAUACAUAUUUCUGAAAGGUCUGUUCUGAAUGUAUUUUUGAGUUAUUAUGAAUUCACAUUGAACAAAAUUACAAAUACAGAAUUCAGUAUCA